UAGGAACAUCUGCUUACUUGAAGAUAUUUCCAAUACACGGCUGCAGUUGCUAUGAGGACGGUUUCAUGAGCAUCAAAUCCGGUUUUCCUGCAAUACGAGAUGUGCGGUGUCAGAUUUGUUGGUAGGGUGUUGGAACGUCAGGAGAUCCAGAGUGCUCCUCCGGAAUGCUUGUCAUCGUCUUCCCCCCAUCGUCCUCGUUAUCCGAGUUACCGUCGUUCUCUACUUCUCUACUCCUUUCUCCCUGUCCUCUCACAGUGGUCUCUCUCUUCUCCGAAGCUGUUUUAGCGGCAAAACUGCAUCCGGAGAGGGGUUUGAAUUCGAUCUCAAGCUUCUAUGCAACUCUUUUCGCAGGCUCAACUUGAACUCAACUGCACUAUUUCAACCGUGGGUGCUGCCUCCGGACCGUCCAAGCCAUCUUUUUGCAGAAGCAUAAUUGUUCCCUUUCAAUUAUUAGAGGAGACCUCAGUAUAUCAUGUAGUUCACAUGGAAACGGAUACAGAAUUUGAUGUUUGAUCAGAACAUACGUGGGACUUUGAUUUGGAAAAAUGUCACAGCAAAAUAUGUUACCUGUCGGUCCUGUCCCUGAUGACUUAGCCAAGUCAAAUAUCCGCAAGGAAGAUAAAGGCAAGAAAGAUAGUGAGCCGGAAAUUGGGAUGGAGUUUGAGUCUGUGGAAGAUGCAUACAAUUUUUACAAUAAAUAUGCUGGAGAAGUGGGCUUUAGUGUUCGAAGACAUACAAUUCAUAGGAGAAAUGGUGUUGUACAUGAUAGAACAUUUUGUUGUUCCUCGGAAGGUUAUCGGAUGGAUGAUAAACGUCGUACAGAGGUGAAGUAUCACCGCCCAGAAACGAGAACUGGUUGUCUAGCUCGAAUUACUAUAGUUCUUCAAACUAAUGGUAAAUAUCGUAUAACCCACUUUGAACCAAGUCACAACCAUAAGGUAGCACGCCCAGAAGAAACUCACUUGUUAAGGUCACAAAGGAGAUUAAAUCCUGAUCAACCUAAGAAAGUGAACAGUUCUGGGUUGCAAUUGAAAGCAUCCACAGGAUUUACUAGUGGACAAACUGAAGGUUCUGAAGAUCUUUCUCAUGUUCACAGUGAUUGUGGUAAUUAUUUACCUUUCAAACGGAUGAGGAUGAUGAAACAAGGAGAUGCAGGAGCAAUAUUGGAAUAUUUUGAAAAAGCUCAACUAGAAAAUAAAUCUUCUUUUCAUUCAAUGCAACUUGAUAUGGAUGAUAAGAUAACAAACAUUUUUUGGACAGAUGCGAAGAUGGUGGAAGACUAUGGACAUUUUGGUGAUGUGGUUUGUUUUGAUACUACUUAUAGAUUAAAUGAAGAAGGUCAUCCAUUUGCAUCAUUUGUCGGAGUAAAUCAUCAUAAGCAAGCUAUUAUCUUUGGUGUUGCAUUACUCUAUGAUGAAACCGUUGAAUCCUUCACAUGGUUGUUUAAGACUUUUGUCAUGGUAAUGUCUGGAAAAGAGCCAAGGACAAUUCUGUCAGACAAAUGUGAGGCAAUCUCCAAGGCAAUAGCUCUAGUGUUACCAAAAGCAUGCUGUCGACUCUGUGUAUGGCAUGUACAUCAAAAUUCAGCUAAAUACCUCCGUACUGUAUUUGCUGGGUCACGAUCUUUUGAGACAGAUUUCAGCAAGUGCUUAUAUGAUUGUGAGGAGGAGGAUGAAUUCUUAGCAGCCUGGAAUAGUAUGCUUGAAAAAUAUGAUCUUGGGAAUAAUUCAUGGUUGGAAAAAUUAUUUAAAGAAAAAGAAGAAUGGGCUUCAGCAUAUGGACGGCAUAUAUUUUGUGCAGACAUAAACAGUGCUCUGAGGAGUGGAAAUAUGAAUGAUGCCUUGAGAAACAAUCUAAAUACUGCAGAUAAUCUCUUAUUUUUUCUUAAACAUUUUGAAAAGGUAUUGGAGGACUGGCGUCACAAGGAACUAAAAGCUGACUCUGAAAUGAGUGAAAGUACCCAACAUUUUUAUACACCUGUGCAAAUGUUGAAGAAUGCUAGGACUAUAUAUACUCCAGCUGUAUUUGAAAUGUUUGAGAAAGAGUAUUUGAAAGGUUGGGAUUCUGAUGUCCACAAUUUUGACGAGGUUGGAACAUUGAUCAAAUACAAGGUUAGCUCAAAUGAGAAAUCUUGUGAACACAUUGUCACAUUUGAUUCAUCAGAUAUGGCAGUUGCUUGUAGUUGUAAGAAGUUUGAAUUUGUAGGGAUUUUAUGUGGUCAUGCAUUAAAGGUGCUUGAUCAUAAAAAUAUAAGGUUGAUCCCACCCCGAUACAUCAUGAAGAGGUGGACGAAAGAUUCAAAGGGUGGAAAUAUAAUGGACUUUCAUGGAUCUGCAAUACAAUUUGACCCUAAGGUGGAUUUUGGGUGGCAUUAUCAGGAGUUGUAUGGUAAGUUAGAUAAAAUAGUGGCAAGAGCUAUGGAAACUGAAGAAGGAUAUAUGUUUGCUUCAAGUUAUUCAGAUAAGUUGUUGCAAGAACUAGAAGAAAUCUUUGAAAGAAGAAACAAUUAGAACACUCCAACUGUGCCCUCACAUAGGACUACACAUCUUUUAGAAAAUGUUAUGCAUCAAGUGUAUGUUCUGAAAGUACAAAUUUGGUUUGAUAAAAAAAAGUACAUAUUUGGUAUGACUUAUUAAUUUGGCAUAAUGAGAUAUAAGAUUAUUAUA